UCAGCAGCGAUACCGAGCGGUUGGUGUCUCGCAAUAACGAACAAAAAUUAUAAAAAUUGUGUGCCUGAAUCUAGUGAACGUGGAUGUGUGUGUGUAAAUUUGUGAACGCACACACGCACCAGCACCACGUUUGUCUAACUUGGCCCUAAACAUAAACAAGAGUCAGCCAUCUAUUCCAACCGUUUGUCAAUUGUGGGCAAUAAAAAUAAAAUCCCAAAGUGCCAUCCGACGAAGCAGUACAAGAAAUCCAUCCGCACACCCCACAGAAAGCAAAGCAGACACACACAAAUACACAUAAACUCCGAAACGUGCUAAAAAUUUAUAAAUAUACGUCAAGUGUUCGGGGGAAAGUCUGUUCUUCGCUUUUAAUGUUGUGUCACCCACAAGAUGACGUCGCACUCCUACUAUAAAGAUCGCCUCGGCUUCGAUCCCAAUGAGCAGCAGCAGCAGCAGCCGCACCAGCAGAGCACCAACUCGAUGAAGCGGAGCAGCUCGCGGCAGACGUCGCACCACCACCAGAGCUACCACCAUGCAACAAGCAGCAGCCAGUCUCCGGCCCGAAUCUCCGAGUCGCCCGGUGGUGGGGGCAACAAUGGCAGCCUGGACUUCCACCAGUCGCAGCGGGAGCAGCGCGAUCGGGAGAUCUACAGCAGCAGCAGCAACAACAACAGUCACCAUCAACAGCAUCAUCAUCACCAUCACCGAUCCUCGGUGGGCAGUGCCACAGGAGCAGCAGCAGCAGCAGUAGCAGCUUCUCCCCUGUACGAAGGAAGUCCGGCCGCGCCCAAAAAGGCCAAGCACUCUUCGACGCAGCCACAGCCGCAGGGCGGAUACGAGGAUGCCCUCACCCAGUUCAAAGACGAGCGCGAUGCCAUUCAGAAGAAGACAUUCACAAAAUGGGUUAACAAACAUCUGAAAAAGCAUUGGAAGUAUGCCAAGACCUACACUAUGCUACAUGUGUGUGUUACCACAAAUGGCAUACCCUGUUGUUCUCAGUCUGCCAAUCGUCGUGUGGUGGACUUGUUUGAAGAUCUGCGCGAUGGUCACAACUUACUUUCACUCCUGGAGGUGCUAUCUGGCGAACACCUGCCACGCGAGAAAGGUAAGAUGCGUUUCCAUAUGCUGCAGAAUGCACAAAUGGCCCUGGAUUUUCUCCGCUACAAGAAGAUCAAGCUGGUCAACAUACGCGCCGAGGAUAUUGUGGACGGCAAUCCGAAGCUGACUCUCGGCCUGAUCUGGACGAUCAUAUUGCACUUCCAGAUCUCCGAUAUUGUUGUGGGCAAGGAGGACAACGUAUCCGCCCGUGAGGCUUUGCUGCGAUGGGCGCGCCGCUCUACGGCUCGAUAUCCGGGCGUGCGUGUAAACGAUUUCACUUCAUCGUGGCGGGAUGGACUGGCCUUCUCGGCUCUGGUGCACCGCAACCGACCGGACUUGCUUGACUGGCGAAAGGCAAGGAACGAUCGGCCACGUGACCGCCUAGAGACGGCCUUCCACAUUGUGGAGAAGGAGUAUGGAGUCACCCGUCUAUUGGAUCCCGAGGAUGUGGACACCAACGAGCCGGAUGAGAAGUCUCUGAUCACGUACAUAUCGUCGCUGUACGAUGUGUUCCCGGAGCCUCCAUCGAUCCAUCCGUUGUUCGAUAUGGAGUCACAACGUCGCGUGCACGAGUACCGCGACUUGGCUCAGCAGUUCAUCUACUGGUGCCGUGAGAAGACCGCCUAUCUGCAGGAGCGCUCCUUCCCGCCCACGCUCAUCGAGAUGAAGCGACUGCUGAGCGAUCUGCAGCGCUUCCGCAGCGAGGAGGUGAGCGCCCGCAAGCGCGAAAAGUCAAAGCUCAUUCAGAUCUACAAGGAGCUGGAACGGUACUUUGAGACGGUGGGCGAGGUCGAUGUGGAGGCCGAACUGCGGCCGGAUGCCAUCGAGAAGGCUUGGUAUCGCAUGAAUACUGCCUUGCAGGACCGCGAGGUCAUACUGCAGCAGGAGAUCGAGCGCUUGGAGCGGCUGCAGCGCCUCGCAGACAAGGUGCAGCGCGAGAUCAAGCAUGUGGACCAGAAGCUAGCAGAUCUGGAGACCCGGAUCGUAGAAGAAGGUCGCCGCAUCGAGCGGCUGCAUCCCGUUGAUGCCAAGAGCAUUGUGGAAUCCCUUGAGACGGAGAUCCGGCAUCUGGAGGAGCCCAUACAAGACAUGAACCAGGACUGCCACGUGCUCAACGAGGGCCGCUAUCCCCACGUGAGCGAGCUGCAUAAGAAGGUCAACAAACUGCACCAACGCUGGGCUCAACUGCGCACCAAUUUCCACACGAACCUGGUACAGAAGCUGUCCGGUUUGAAGUAUCCCGUCCACGAGACGACCGUCACGCGUCAAACGCGCAUGGUUGUCGAGUCCCGUCAGAUCGACACGAAUCCCCAUUUCCGUGAUCUGCAGGAGCACAUCGAAUGGUGCCAGAACAAGCUGAAACAACUGCUGGCCGCUGACUAUGGCAGCGAUCUGCCAUCGGUCAAGGAGGAACUGGAUCGUCAGCAGCACGAGCACAAGAUCAUCGAUCAAUUCCACUCGAAAAUACUCAACGACGAGCGCCAGCAGACAAAGUUCACCGGCGACGAGCUCAAUCUUUACCAGCAGCGGCUCAAUCAGCUGCAAAAGGUCUACGCGGAGCUGCUGAGCACCUCGACGAAGCGCCUGUCCGAUCUGGACUCGCUGCAGCACUUCCUGGGCCAGGCCUCGGCAGAGCUCCAGUGGCUCAACGAGAAGGAACAGGUGGAGAUCACGCGCGACUGGGCGGACAAACAACUCGAUCUGCCCUCCGUGCACAGAUACUAUGAGAACCUUAUGUCCGAACUGGAGAAGCGUGAGAUGCACUUUGCCACCAUCUUGGACCGAGGGGAGGCCCUGCUCAAUCAGCAGCAUCCGGCCUCCAAGUGCGUGGAGGCCCAUCUGACGGCCCUGCAACAGCAGUGGGCCUGGCUGCUGCAGCUGACUCUCUGCCUGGAGGUGCACCUGAAGCAUGCCACCGAGUACCAUCAGUUCUUUGGCGAGAUCAAGGACGCCGAACAGUGGCUGGCCAAGCGCGACGAGAUACUCAACAGCAAGUUCUCGCAGUCCGACUUCGGCCUGGAUCAGGGUGAGACGCUGCUGCGAGGCAUGCAGGACCUGCGCGAGGAGCUGAACAGUUUCGGCGAAACAGUGGCCACACUGCAGCGUCGCGCCCAGACAAUUGUGCCGCUGAACAAGCGCCGCCAGCCGGUGAACCGACAGGGACCCGUGCAGGCCAUCUGCGCCUACAAGCAGCAAGGACAGCUGCAGAUCGAAAAGGGCGAGACGGUGACCCUACUGGACAACUCGGGGCGUGUCAAGUGGCGCGUGAGGACGGCCAAGGGCCAGGAGGGUUCGAUACCCGGUGCCUGUCUGCUUCUGCCGCCGCCCGACCAGGAGGCCAUCGAUGCAGCCGAGCGACUGAAGCGUCUUUUCGAUCGCUCCGUGGCCCUGUGGCAGAAGAAGCAUCUGCGUCUGCGCCAGAACAUGAUAUUCGCCACCAUUCGCGUAGUGAAGGGCUGGGACUUUGACCAGUUCCUGGCCAUGGGCCCCGAACAGCGCACGGCCAUCAGGCGUGCCCUAAACGACGAUGCGGACAAAUUGCUCAGCGAGGGCGAUCCCAAUGACCCGCAGCUACGACGCCUGCGACGUGAAAUGGACGAGGUCAAUCGAUUGUUCGAUGAGUUCGAGAAGCGUGCUCGCGCCGAAGAGGAAAGCAAGCAGGCCAGCCGCAUCUUCACCGAGGAGUGCAUUGCCAUCAAGGGCAAGCUGGAGGAUAUGGCUCGGGAGCUGGAUCAGAUAAUACUCGCUCCCUUGCCGCGCGAUCUGGACUCUCUGGAGCAUGUGCUCGAGAUCCAUGGCGACUAUGAGCGCAGGUUGCAUUUGCUCGAGCCGGAGCUGAAGCAUCUGCAGGAGACAUUCCGCACGAUUGCCUUGAAGACGCCCGUGCUGAAGAAGUCGCUGGACAAUCUGAUGGAGCUCUGGAAGGAGCUGAACACGCAGAGCGGCCUGCACAAGGAUCGAUUGAAGCUGUUGGAGGCCUCGUUGGCCGGACUCGAGGACAACGAACAUGUCAUUUCCGAGCUGGAGAACGAGCUGGCCAAGCACCAUGAUCUGCCCUCUACGGCCGAGGGCCUGCAGCAGGUGUUCAAGCAAUUGACCCACAUGCAGGACAUCAUUACCCAGCAGCAGCCGCAGAUGGACAAGAUGAACGAUGCUGCCGAUCAGCUGGGACGCAUGGGUGUGCCCACCAAGGUGCUGGGCGAUCUGAAGCGUCUGCAUUCGAACGUGGAGCGUCUGAACACGCGCUGGAGUGCGGUCUGCAAUCAGCUGGGCGAGAGAAUGCGCUCAUGCGAGACGGCCAUUGGGCUGAUGAAGAAUCUCCAAUCGAGCGUGCAAGUCGAGGAAUCAUGGGUGGAUGGCACCACAGAGCGUCUGUCCGCCAUGCCCACGGCCACUUCGGCCUACGAACUAGACAAACUGCUUGGAGCUGCAAUCGAACGAAAACCAAAAAUCGAAAACGUCAACGUGGCUGGAGGACGCCUGAUACGCGAAGCUAAGAUCUACGACAGUAAAUGCCUACGCUUUGUGGAUUGGCUGCUGGAGGCACGUCCAUCGUUCUCGCCGCCACGUCGUGACCUGCGGCCGGCGGACAGCGAUCCGGGUGCCACACAGUAUUACAGCCAGCGUUUGGACAAUCUCAAUACGAAAUACGACAGGUUGCUGGAACAACUGUCGCAGCGGCUGAAGACCGCCAUCGAAGUCAACGGCAGCGAUGGUCUGCAAUACGCUGAGAGUCUACAGAAACCGCUCAAGACCUUUAGGGUUGACUUCAGUGCGGGCAGCGUGCCAACUGGCGAUGGCCAUGCUGCACGCCCGGAGGAUCUCUACACGACCACCUACAGCACCACACAAUUCAGCUCAACGAAGACAACGAAAAGCUCCUCGAAGAGCAUCUACAGCAGCGACAACUUGGAUGCCGCUAGUCAGGAGUUGGCGAAUGCCUCCCCAAUUGGAACGCAGAUCCAGUUCAAUGAGAUCCGUACGCUGAAGCGUUCCCAGCAGUUCCCAGGCGGCAACUCCGUGUUGGAUAUUGCCGGUAUACGCGACCCCCGCACGGGCCGUAUUCUAACCAUUGGGGAGGCCAUUCAGCUGCGGAUCCUGGAUGUGCGCACCGGCGAGAUGCUGGUGGGCGAUCGUAGGAUAACCCUGGAACAGGCCGCCGAACAGGGACUGAUCGAUUCGCAGCUGGCCAGGCAGCUGCUUCAGCCUGGAGCAGGACGCGAUCCCAGCGGAAGGGAGCUGUCGCUGCUCGAGGUGAUACAGCGCGAGAUCAGCGAGGCUGAGUCCGGCUACGAGACGGCCGAGAAGCGCAUCAAGGUAAACAGCGUAGUAACGACGGAGGCGGCGGGAUCGCCCGAGAAUCCCCGUAAUAUUGCCGACGCCAUUUCCGCGGGGAGUGUGGACACCAAGACAGGCCUGUACCGGGUCAAGUCGGGGCAGACCAUCAGCCUGGCGGAGGCCUACGAGCGCGGCUACCUCAUCCGGCACGAGUCGGUGACAAUCAAGUCGAAUGCGCUCUGCCUCAGCGAUGCCAUUGCCCACGGGCUGGUCGAUGCCGCCGGCUGGAUAGCGGACCGCAACUCCGGCGACAAGUUCCGGCUGGACUCGGCCAUUGCCAAUCAGCUAAUCGAUGCGAGCGUGCGCGAAGUGGUGGACGCGAAGCGGGACGUCAAGAUCACACUACAGGAAGCCCUGCAGUCGGGCGUGCUGAACGCGAAGACGGGUCGGUACGUGAACGAGGUGACCAAGGAGAAGCUCACCUUCUCCGAGGCGCGCAGCCGGCAGCUGAUCGUGAAACCGUACACGCUGAAGGACAUCUGCGACCUGAACCUGCUCGACCGGCAGACAGGUAAGAUAACGAGUCCGAUGCGCCGCGAAAAACUAAGCAUCAUGCAGGCCAUCGAGGUCGGUGUGCUCGACGGGAAUCAACUGAAGUGCAUCACCAAGCGAAAGGGUGAGCUGGUCACACUGCAGGAGGCCAUCGCGGAUGGCAUUGUCCUGCCCGCGGAGGUCAAGUACCGCGACUUUAUGACCGGCGAGCUCAUCGCCAUUCCCGAUGCCGUGGAACGCGGCCUAAUCAGCUCGGUGGCCCAGCGUUCGAUAUUUGAUAUAGACGGGUUCAAGGACCUGCGCAGCAACGACUAUGUUAGCUUUAAUGUGGCCCUCUCGCGCGAUUUGCUGCGGCGCAAGAGCACGGGCUUUGCCUUAGAGACAGCAGGUAGGGAGAAGGACAAGGAAAGCCUGGGCGUGCCACUCGAGGUGGCCGUAGGUGAGGGUCUCGUCCGUCAGGAGGUCUACGAGAUGUUCAAUCGUGGGAUUGGCGUACACAACGCCAGCGGCCAGGAGCUGAGCGUCUUUGAUCUGGUCUAUCACAAUCUGAUCGACCCGAAGACGGGCUACCUGUUGGACCCAAAGACGGGGGACGGGGUGGAGACAGUGCCUUUGGACACCGCCAUCGAGCGGAAGUUCAUUACCCCCGAGGGGGCUCUCCUGCUGAGCAGUCUGCUCAACAUAACUCUGACCACGGAGACGGUGACGCGGACAAUCAAUCGGUAUGUGACGAUUCGGGCGGGUUCCCAGGAGCCAGGAGUCGGAGUAGCCGUAGGCGAAAGUGUGCUGCUAACUUUCACGGAGGCAGUGCGCCAGGGCUUCAUCGACGAGGACAGACAGCUGUUCAAGGACCCCAAGACAGGGAAUAUCUACUCGGUGCAGCAGGCCCUCAACUUCGGCCUGCUGGUGCCCGACAGCAAUCAGACAGUGCCGGAGAUAACGAACCGCAAGAAGACCAAGUCUACCAUCACCAUUGUCACCAAACAGAUCCUGCCCGAGGCAGAGCCCAUCAAGCUGAACACCCAGCAAACGCACACCAAGUACGUGGAGAAAUCCGUGGAAAUACCCAUCUCCCAAGAGCUGGUGAGCAGCAGCAGCCACAUGCAGCAGGAGCAGAACGUAACGGAGCGACAGAUAAUGGAGCUGCCGCCUGGAGGAUGGCGCCUCAAGGAUGCCAUCGAGCAGCGGCUGUUCAAUCCCGAUACUGGUGUGUUCCAUGUCCAGGGCACCGAUCGCCUGGUCAGCUUUGAGGAGUGCAUCGACAAGCAGAUCAUCAACAAUCUGUCGGUCUCUGUGCUGGAUCCCAGCAUACCCAGCGACAAGCUCUCUGUGAAGUCCGCCUUCGAGCGGAAGAUCCUGGACAGUUAUGGAAACUACACGAACAGUCGGCAGCAGGUCCUUGGCAUGCGCAGUGCCAUAGACGAGGGCAAGAUCAUAUUGGAGACGGUUCCUGCCACGCGCGGAUCGAAUCAAAAGACGAUCCUGCGCAUAACGAGGGUCAACAACAUGCCGGAUGUGCUGGAGGUGUCCACUCCUCUGAAGGAUGCUCCUCCCAAGUUUCUGGAGGUCAAAACCUGCCAGCGGGAGCUGGCCUCCCCCGAGCCCUUGCAAAUUGCUCCUGGGGCCAUCUACGAUCCAUCCACAGCUCUGGUGAUCUUCACACAGACCGGGGAGACGGAGAACAUCUUUGAUGCGGCCCGUUUGGGGCUGGUCGAUGAGCAGCUGAUCAGGAUUGUCGAUCCCACCACCAGGCAGGAGAUUUCUGUAACCGAGGCGAUUGCACGCUCCAUCUACGAUCCGCGUACGGCCACUAUACUCAAUGCAGAAGGCCAACCCGUGGAUUUGAUAACCGCCACCAGGCUGGGACUCCUCAGCGUGGUCGGUGCCCCACUGGUGGCCGCCGAGGGAGCCCUGCGAACCGUGCGCUUUGUCACAGAUCCGCGCACGGGCGAGCAGAUACCCGUGGAGGUGGCCUACGAGCGGGGUAUUGUCUCAAGGGAUCAACGCUCCUUUGACAGCCAACCAUCGCCAGUGCACGAGGAGAAGGACAAAGUGGUAGUGCUGCAGAAAAUGCGCAAGAUCAUACUCAAGCCGAGGGAUGCCAUGCGCAAGAACAUCAUUGACGAGGAGACGUGCCGUAUAAUCGAGGACACCAAGAACUUUACCAGCCCACAGGGGGAGGUAGUCAACAUCAGCGAGGCCCUAAACACAGGUCUGAUCGAUGGCCGACGUGGCCAAAUCAUCGAUCCGCAGAGCAACCGAGUGCUGAAUCUCCGACAAGCUGUUGAACAGAAGAUCAUCGACCCGGAGCAGACCAAUCACAUACUUAUGCCGCUGGCUAAGAGCCUGUCCGUGCCCAGGCUGGCCUCGCAGGGUCUCAUCGAUUCGAAAAAUCAGACGAUUGUGCACCCGGAGAGCGGCUAUCCCCUCAGCAUACAAGAGGCGAUUGUCUGCGAAGUGCUGGACCCACAAUCGAGACUGCAAAAGCCCGAAAAGUGCACCCUGGAGGAGGCCAUCGAGAAGGGUAUAAUAAACGCGGAUGAGUCCACAUUCAGCUACAAGAACAAGCGCCUGAACCUAACCGAAGCCAUCGAAGCGAAGCUCUUCGAUGCCGGCUACGAUCAGCAGAAGUGGAGGGUGGAAAUCCCGCCCGUGGGCAUGAUAUUCCCCGUGGCCGUGGAACGGAGUCUAGUGGAGCCCACAAAGGGUGUGGUGCUGUUCCCUGUGGCCGGGGUGAAUCCAGUGCCCCUCAAGAAAGCUAUCGAGGAGAACUAUAUCAUGUCCAUACCAUACGCACCGAAGCCACAAGCUAUCGAAGUGGUGGCUGCCCUGGAGCGAGGCCUCAUCGAUGUGGCAGGCCACACGAUGACUGUGCCCGCCACUGGGGAGCGUCUGUCCCUGCGCCAGGCACUGGAAAACGGUGAACUCGUGGUGAAGCAUCUCUCCGACUUUGUCGUCACCCAGCGGCCCAUUGCGAAGACCGAGAUCAUGGAGACAGUGCGAGCCGUGCACACGGUUACCACCAAGACCAUUGAACUGAUGCAGGGCUAUGUACUCGUCUCGAACAACGAGGUGCAGAACGUGAACACGGGCGAGUUGUGCAGCCUGGAGGAGGCCAAGGAGCAGGGCAUCCUGCGCGAGGAGUUAACAACACGCGAGACACAGGCAGCCGUAGGCGAGGACACCAGCAGCAGCAGCGGAGACCAGCGGACGGUGGAGGUCGUGGAGGAGCGCACACAGACCGUUGUCGUCGGCUCCGACAGUCACAAGCAAGAGAUGCAAGUGGUCAGUACCACAAAGUCCACAAAAGAAGUGCCAGCACCCCAGACAAACACAAAGGAACCAUCCAAAACCCUGCAGAAUGUCAAGGAUGCCGCCAAGCUUGGUGCCCUGGGAGUUAUUGCAGCCCCCGUCCUUGCGGGAGGCGCCAUUGUAAGCGGCGUUAAGAGUCUCAUCAAAUCUGUGAAGUCUCCCGCGGAGGAUGCCAAAAAUUCCAAUAAAGAUAAGCCAGAACAACCUCAAGACAGCUUCAUUGAACAGGAGCGAAAGCAGCCCCAGCCAGUGCCAAGUGACGUAGAUAAACUUCUGAAUGAAACGGAGACAUUUAUCAGUACCACAACUGCCAAUUUCAUAGCCAAUGAGCAGCAGCAGCAGCAGCAGCAGCAGCAGCAGCAUGAGCAGAAGCCAAAGGAGCUGCCCCAAGUGGAGGUUCCUUCAUCCGAUUCUGCUGUCGAAACCACAAGCACACUGACUACUACAACCGUCACAACCAUAACUACCUCAAAGACCGCCACGGAAACCACCAGUGAACCGGAGACAGCUGUGGUGGAAGAAGUGGAGACUGUCCAGAAGGAGGAGGAACCAGUGACGGACAAAGCAAAGAGUUUGGAAGAGCCAAAGGCAGAGGAGUUUAUCAAAGUAACUGAAACGGUCACCACAGUAACAACAAAGGACUCUGAUCCAGAAACAAAGGACGCAAUUCCCGAGAAAUUGACUGAGAAGCCACAGCCAGUAGCCGAGACAGAUCAAAAGAAAGCCACUCCAGAAUUUACACAGAAAGAACCAACUCCAGAGGGUAACCAAAAAGAAACAACUCCCGAGCCAGAGAAGAAGCAACCAACUCCCGAGCCAGAGAAGAAGCAACCAACUCCCGAACCUACAAAGGAACCUAGUCCACAGCCAUCUGAAAAGCCAGAGCCCAAACCGAGGACCGCUGCAAAAGAAGUGCUACCCGAUCUCGAGCCUCCUUUCACAGCUCCUUUGGCUCCCUUCGCAGAACCGCGCACUGAAGUUGAGACGAAGGUAACCGAAAGCAUAACUGAAAUUCAGGAGCAGCCCAUUUCAAGCUCCCAAACUGUGACGACCACUGUUACGACCACAGUAAGAACAGUCGAAGAGCAACCAACAAUUGAGAAAGAAGUGACUGUGGAGCGAGAAAAGAUUGUGGAAGCACAAGAGGUAGAGCCAUCCGUCCCAGAGACAACUAAAGUAGAUAAACCCAAUGAAAUUGUGGAAGAAUCUGCUGUGAUUGUCCCUGAACAACCAAGCAGCGUAGUGGUGGAAGAAAGAGUUGUAACUGUUGAAGAGCCAACGAUCACGGAAUCCACAGUAACCACGACAACGAUUACCACAACAACAACAACCAGCGAGGAACAGCAGGAGCCAUUGCCGAAGGAGGAGAUUGUCGUCGUAACAGAAACUGUCAAAGAGAAGCCUGUGGAAGAGGUACUCCUAAACACAACCGAAACCGUGACCACGAACAUUAUCUCAACCGGUGAAGAGAACAAACCUCAAAAGCCGGGAGAUCUAGAGCAAAUUGUUCAGCUUCCGACGGCUACGGAUAAGCAUCAAACAGUUGUCGAUUUCAUUGAGAGCGAAAAGAAGCCAGUUAGCGGCAGCAAUAUCCUUCAGAAUGUUAAGGAUGCAGCCAAAUUGGGAGCUCUGGCCAUUGUGGGCGCACCUGUGCUGGCUGGAAAGGCAUUGGUCGAUGCACUGACCACAGAAUCCACCCAAUCCCGAUCAGGGAAGGAACCCCUGGCCACAGAACCCCAGGAGAUCGAGAGUUUGAGCAGCACCACAACCACAGUGACUACAGUGACAACCACUUCCACUUUGACUUCGACGGAGAGUACUCCCUAUGAUGAGUCCCGCGAUGUUGUAGAAGAACCAUCAACUCAAUCAUCAGCGGAGACAAGCCUUAAACGGGAUGUGCCCAAGACACUGGCCAUUGGGGAUGCCAUUUCCCAGAAAUUAAUCAGUCCCGACGAGUGCCAGGUGAUCGUGGACGGGGAGCAGCAAACGGAGACAGUGGCCACGCUGCUGCGGGAAGAGCAGCUGAGUCCGCUGGACGAGGUGCAGAUCAUUGAUGAGAAACUGAUUGUGCUGCAGCAAAUAUCCUACCUCGUGGACGUGGACACCGAACUGACGGCCGAAAGGCUGAGUGAACUGAACAUUUACGAUCCCGAGAAUCAGUACUUCAUCGAUCCCUUAACGGGCCAGAAGAUAUCCUUCCAGAGUCUGGUGUUUGACAUGAACAUCUUCAAUCCCGAGUGCAUAUUGGUAAAGAACUUCAGCACGGGGAAGUAUGAGACUUUGACGGCGGCUCUGGAGCGGCCACUGCUGGACAGGCACACUGGCCACAUGGUCGACCCGAAGACAGGAAAGAAGAUCCCCUUCUUCGAGUGCAUUGCCCGCCAGUGGAUCAUCCGCUCAAAUCCCGAGGAGCAGCGGCCCGCGGGCAUCGAGAACGUGGCAAUUGACACGGAGACGGGCCAGGUGGUGCUGGACGAUGGUCGGGCUUGCUCCAUUGUUGAGGCCAUCAACAGUGGCAAGCUGGACAUCCAGUCGAUAUCGGUGCGCGACCCAGUUAGCGGCGAGGUAAUCCCCCUGCGUAUGGCAAUCGAGUUGGGGGUGGUCGACAUGCAGUCGGGCACGGUGAUAGACAUCCAGACCCUCAAGGAGAUCCCCAUGGAGGAGGCCUUCCAGCUGGGCUUCCUUGUGCCCGGCGCACGAAAGCCCAUCUCCUUGGAAGCGGCCGUCCGCAAGGGUCUGUACGACCCGGAGACGGGCAAGCUCUUCGACUCGGAGAGUCAGAACCAGGUAGAUGUGCAAAAAUCCAUCGAAAUAGGUUUGGUAGAUCCAAAGAUCUCUCUGAUCGUGGACACAGUCACCCAGAAGGAGCUGAAGCUGGACUGUGCCAUAGAGGAUGAUCUAGUGCUGCCGGCCACCGGUCAGAUCAAGGACAACAAGAACAACACGCUCGUGCCCUUCGACCUGGGCCUCGAACAGCAUCUGCUCAAGACAGACAACGUGACGUGGAGCCUGCCGGAAGUGCUGCAGCGGGAAUACUACACGCCUAGCACCGGCAAGGUGCUGAAUCCCGUCACUGGCGAGGAGAUACUCCUGCAGCAGGCCAUUGAGAUGGGCUUUGUGGAGCUGGAGACGACGCUGGUCAAGGAUGCCGAGCAUGACCGGAUAGUGGCGGGCAGGGAGGCAGCCAGGGUGGGGCUACUGGACACGGUGCGCGGCACCCUCAGCUCCCCUCACAUGAGCCUCGACGAGGCCUUCGUCAAGGGCUAUCUGAUCAGCACCAAGAAGCCGCUGUCGCUUGUCGAUUGCCUGCUGCGUGGUCUCUACGAUCCUUUGACAGCCACCUUCACAAUCGACGACGACAACAAGCAGGUGGACCUCAAGUCCGCCAUUGCCCAGAAGCUCAUCAAUCCCGAUGAGCUGGUGCUGCUCGAUCCCAAGACCGAGUCGAUUAUUUCGAUAACCGAGGCCAUAGCCAAGGGCUAUCUGGAUCCCAUUGGAGGCUAUGUGAUCAAUCCGUAUGCCUCCACCAAGCUGUCACUCCACGAAGCCCUCGAGAAUCGCAUCCUCAUUCCGGCCAAGCGCAAGCGCAGCCUCCCCGACGCCGUCUACCGAGGUCUCUACGACCCGAAGACGGGCCAGUUCAGCAACACCAUCACGAGGGAGAAGCUCACAACCGAACGUGCCAUUCGUAGGGGUAUACUCGAUCCCGAUUCGACGGUCGUCAACGUCGCCGGACAGAUCAUUCCCUUUGGAUUGGCCGCUGAGCGGGGGAUCGUGGAUAGCCAGCAGGGCACCGUGAGGGAUACCGAGGACAAUGCCAUCGACUUCAAGGAGGCCUUCGAUAGGGGUGUCCUGGUGGAGGCCAAGAAGCCGCUGCGUCUCAUUGAGGCCGUCGUGAAGAAUGUCUAUGACGAGGUGGACGGCCACUUUGUGGACCCGAAGUCCGGCGAAAAACUGAACUUUGCCGAGGCCCUCGACACCAAUCUGCUGGACGAGCACAGUGUCCAGAUCAGAGACUUCAAGACCGGUCUGUACAAGCAGCUCAACCUGACGCAUGCCAAGGAUGCGGGCAUCAUCGAUGCUAAGAACGCCAAGCUGCUGUACAACAACCAGACCAUGACCCUCAAGCACGCCUUCGACAUUGGCAUUCUGAUGGACGUAAAUGCCCCCAUCAGUCUACAGCGGGCCAUACACCAGGGACUCUUCGACGACAAAACAGGCAAGCUGAGCGAUCCCCGCAGUGGUCGUCAGAUCACGCUGCUCGAGAGCAUGCGCAGUUUUGUUAUCAAUCCCCAUCUGCCGUGCUACUUUGACGAACAGACAGAGCAGCUGUACAGCCUGAGCGAGACCUGCCGGAUGGGCAUCAUAAACCGCAGGGAGGGGGUCUUUAGGGAGCCGGAAAGCAAUAAUUUUGUGCCUCUGGGGGAGGCUCUCAGCCUGGGCCUGAUCGUGGACAUUGAGAACGCCGGCUUUGGGCUGUACGAACUGCUGUCCAUGGGCUUCUACGACGUGGCCACCCGUAAGGUUCGGCAUCCGGUAACCGGGCGCAAACUGAACCUGAACGAGGCCUGCGUGGAGGAUGUGGUCAGCCUGUCAUCCAGCCUGGUCAAGAACCACGCGACCGGCAAGUAUCUGCGGUUGGCCAAUGCCAUCAAGGAGCAGCUGAUCGACGACUCGAGGGGUUGCUAUAAUCUCGGCAGCUCCGAAGAGCUCGAUUUGCAGACAGCUCGGGCACGGGGGCUCAUCGUUUCUAACCGUCGUCUGCUGAGCCUCGAGCUAGUGCUCCGCCAGCAGCUGUAUCGCCCCGAAACGGGGAAAUUCUGCGAUCCCACAACGGGGGAAUAUCUCGACCUCAUCGAGGCCAUCCAUGCUGGGUUUAUAGAUCCCGCGAGCACUGUGUUCAAAAACCAGCUCACCGGCAAAGAGCUACCUCUAACCGAAGCCAUCGAAAACGGGGACAUCGAUGUGUCCAAGGGUCGGGUUUUUGACCCCAAAUCGAAGUCCGCCUACAACUACGAUGUGGCAUUCGCGCGCGGUAUACUCGUGACCAUUGUUCGUCCCCUCACCGACCGCAGUGAGGUUGUCCGUCGUCAGGACAGCGUCGAACUAUUGGGCCAGACGCCCGUGAGCGUUGUUAUCAGCAAGCCGCGCGAAAUGUCUCUCGAGGAGGCCAUUCGGUACAAUAUAAUCGAUCCCAAGACUGCGCUCGUCCGCGAUUUUGAUAGCUUUAAAUUCCUGCCGUACGCGGUGGCCCAGGAGCGCGGUCUCGUCGACACCACCAAGCGAACGCUCGUCGAUCCCAAGGCCCUCUACUUUGCCUUCGAUCCCACGUUGAUCGUGUAUGUACGCGAGCCGGUCACCUUUGACCAGGCGGCCGAGUCCAAGAGCCUGGAUUUGGCAACCGGAAUGCUGAGCUAUGUGCCAGCCGGAGGAUCUACCACCAGUAGCAGCAACAGCGAUGACAGCGCAAACGAUUCACUGACUGUCAUCGAGACGCCCAGGGUAUACACGCUCAAGGAGGCCGCCAGUGCGGGUAUUGUGGAUCCCGAUUCGGCCCUGGUCAAGGAUCUGGCCAAGGCGAAGCUAGUGCGCCUGCCAGAGGCCUUCCGCAAGGGCCUCAUGGAUGCCAACAAGGCCAAUGUGCUGAAUACACAGACCUCCAAGCUGUGCACCCUGCAGGAGGCCUACGAGAGCGGCUUGAUCUGCACACCCAAGCGGUCGUUCGGUCUGCUAGAGGCCAUCACCUUCAACCUGUACAAUCCCACGAACGGCUGCCUGGUCGAUCCCUUCCAAAUGCAUCCCGACAUCAUUCGACGCAAGAAAUUCACGCUGGCCGAGGCCAUUGCCUCGGGUCUGGUGGAUCCCUCCUCGACAGUGGUGCGAGAUCCCAGCUCUGGGGUCAUCCUGCCACUGGCGGCUGCCAUUAGCAGCGGCCUGAUCGAUGCCACCGCGGGCCGCCUGACCAUCAGCGAUGCCCAAGAGCCCAAGCAGAACAUCGAUCUGGUCAGGGCUGCCGAGAAGGGUCUGCUGCUGCCAGCUGAACAGAGGCAAGCAGUAUUCGAAAAGUUCAACAUGUGCGAGGAGAAUGUCAACGAUCUGCUCAAGUGGGUAACCACCGUGGAACAGAAAAUCUCAAGUGUUGGAGGACCUCGCGAGAAAAUCGAUGAGCUACGCAACCAGAUCAAUGCCCUCAAGCAAAUCAAGGACGAGAUCGAGUCCCAGCAACGACCCGUGGCCACUUGCUUGGAGCAAAUCAGGCAGAUUGUGCUCACUGGCGGCGAUGUCCUCUCCGCCCCAGAGGUGACCACUUUGGAGAACUCCGGACGGGAGCUGCGCUCACGCGUGGAUCGUGUCAACGAUCGCACCGUGCGUCUGCUGCGCCGCCUGGAGGCGGGACGCGAUGAGCUCACGAAGCUGCGCAGCGAACUGGACGUGUUCUCCGACUGGCUGCAAAUGGCCCGACGCACCCUCGAGGACAAGGAGCGCUCGCUGUCGGAUCUGACACGACUCGGAUCCCAGGCAGACUCCAUCCGCGAGUUUGUCAGCGAUGUGAUUGGCCACCAGGCCGAUCUGCGCUUCAUCACCAUGGCCGCGCAGAAGUUUGUGGACGAGAGCAAGGAGUUCCUUGGGAUACUCAAUGAUUUUCGCACUUCGCUGCCGGAGAGGCUGCCCCAUGUCGAGCCGCUGGCCAGUGCCGAGAGCCCCAUCCGGCAGGAGGUGUCGCUGGUCUCGGCCCAGUACAAGGAUCUGCUGAACCGCGUGAAUGCCCUGCAGGAUCGCGUAUCCGGACUGGGCGGACGCCAACGGGAGUAUCAGGAUGCGCUGGACAAGGCCAGCGAGUGGCUGAGGAGCGUGCAUCCGCGCGUGUCCCGCCUCAUCUCCGAGCCGAUUGCCGGCGAUCCCAAGGCCGUCCAGGAUCAGAUGAUCGAGGCCAAGGCCCUGCAUAACGAGCUCCUCUCGAGCGGCCGCCUGGUGGACAACGCACAGCAGGCACUCGACAACCUGCUGCGCAGCCUCGGCGGCCAGCUCAGCCCCAUGGAGAUCAACCAGCUGGAGCUGCCAAUCGCCGACCUGAAGAACGGUUACCAGCAGCUGCUGGACAACCUGGGCGAGCACUGCAAGAAUCUCGACAAGACGCUCGUGCAGUCGCAGGGCGUGCAGGACGCCCUGGAUAGUCUGGGAGGUUGGGUCAGCCAGGCCGAGGACAAGUACAAGCUCAACUUGCGUCCCGCCUCGCUCAUCAAGGAGCGCCUCCAGGAGCAAAUACGCGAACACAAGGUUCUGCUAGCCGAUCUGCAGUCGCACCAAGCCAGCAUCGACAGCGUCCAGAUCUCGGCCAAACAUUUGCUGGCCAGCGCCUCGAAUGCGCGCAUCGCCAAGAAGGUGGAGGCCAAUCUGAACGACGUCACAGGCAAGUUUGAGAAGCUCUACGAAAAGGUCAACAAGCGGGGCGAGUUCCUGGAUGAUGUCUACAUCCGCCUCAGCCGGUAUCUGGACGAGAUCAGCACCGUGGAGCAGCGCAUGGGCAGCUUGCAGGAGGCACUGGACAGUCGCGAGACCAGUCUGCUGUCCACCGAGGAGCUGGCCCGCCGUAUGCACGAACUGUCGCGCGACAAGGAUCAACUGGCGCCCCAGUACGAGGAAUGUGUUCGCCAGGGCAAGGAUCUGAUUAGUCUGCGCGAUGUCACCGACACCGGAGGCCUGCGGGAUCGCAUCAAGGCUCUGGAGUCGCAGUGGCGCAACAUCAACAUCAGCAUCGAUGAGCGGGCAAAGCUGUCCAAGCAGAAGGCCGAACAGCAGCUGGCCUACGAGGGACUCAAGGACCAGGUGCUCUCCUGGCUGGCCAGCACGGAGGCACGCGUCAACGGACUGCCGCCGGUGGCCAUUGACCUGGACCGCAUACGGCAGCAGCACGACGAACUGAAGCCCAUAUGCAAGGACUAUCGUGACUACGCUCCCACCAUUGACAAGAUCAACGAUGUGGGAGCGCAGUACGACGCUUUGAUUCGGCCCGAGAGCCCCGCGCGCAAGCGUUCCACGUACAGCCCGAUCAAGCGGACGAGUCCGUUGCGACGCAUGUCUGGAGCGGAGCAGAACGCCAGAAGCCCCAGCCCCACCAAGGGAGGCAUUCUGUCGCCACUAUCGACUGGUUCCAGUGGAUUCGGUAGCCGCAGAUCCUCUCAGGACGGCUUCCAGCUGUCCGAGCUGUCUCCGGUGCAGCAGCAGCUGAGCGAGAUCAACAAUCGCUACGGGCUCAUUGGCGUGCGGCUCAACGACCGCCAGCACGAGCUGGACAACCUGAGCGAGGAGCUGCGCAAGCAGUACGAGAACCUCAAGGGUCUUGCACAGUUCCUGGAGCGCAUUCAGCGCCAAUUGCCCAAGGAGUCGGUCUCCAACAAGGAGGAGGCCGAGCGCUGCAUCAAGCAGGCGCGCAAGAUCCUCGAGGACAUGUACGAGAAGCAGAGCCUGCUAGACACCACCAAGGCCCAGGUCAAGGAUAUCCUGCGACGCAAAUCGGACGUCCCUGGCGCCGAGCAGCUGCGCCUCGAGAACGAUGGCAUCCAGGAGAAGUGGAAGAAUCUCAACGACAUCUGCAAGAACCGCAUCGCCUUCGCCGAGAAGCUGCGCGACUUCCUCGACACCCACGGCAACCUGAAGGGCUGGCUGGACAGCAAGGAGCGCAUGCUGACGGUCCUGGGACCCAUCUCCUCGGACCCCCGCAUGGUUCAGAGCCAGGUGCAGCAGGUCCAAGUCCUCCGCGAGGAAUUCCGCACCCAGCAGCCUCAACUGAAGCACUUGCAGGAGCUGGGACACGAUGUGGUCGACCAUUUGGCCGGCACACCCGAUGCCCAGGCCGUCGAGAUCAAGCUGAAGGACAUAAUCGGCAAGUGGGAGGAUCUGGUGGGCAAGCUCGACGAUCGCGCCAACAGCCUGGGCGGCGCCGCCGACAGUUCCAAGGAAUUCGAUGCGGCCGUCAAUCGGCUGCGCGAGGCCCUGCAGAACAUCAGCGACAGCCUGGACACUCUGCCCCUGGAUGGCGAUCACCAGGAGAAUCUGCGCAAAAUCGAGAACCUGGAGCGACAACUGGAGGGCCAACGUCCUCUCCUGGCCGACGUGGAACAGUCCGCGGCCACACUGUGCAACAUUCUCGGGGAUCCUGCUUCGCGGGCUGAUGUCAACAGCCGCGUGGCCGCCCUGGAGAAGCAGUACCUGGCGCUCCAGAAGAAGCUGGAUACCAAGAAGGCCGAGACAGAGGCCUCACUACGCGAUGGCCGUCACUUUGCCGAGAACUGCUCCAAGACCCUCGGCUGGCUUUCGGGCGAGCUCUCGAAUCUGAGCGAUCGUCUGCUGGUGUCCGCCCACAAGCCGACGCUGCAGCACCAGAUCGACACCCAUGAGCCCAUCUACCGCGAGGUGAUGGCCCGCGAGCACGAGGUGAUCAUGCUGAUCAACAAGGGCAAGGAUCUGUCUGACCGCCAGCAGGAUCGCAGCGUCAAGCGCGACCUGGAGCGCAUCCAACAGCAGUGGGAGAAGCUGCGUCGCGAGGCCGUCGACCGGCACACGCGACUGCAGACCUGCAUGGAGCACUGCAAGAAGUACUCGCAGACCUCGGAGACAUUCCUCGCCUGGCUGCGCACCGCAGAGGACAAGUUGUCCGACCUGACGCCCGGCGUGCUGUCCAAGGCGAAGCUGGAGACGCGACUGCGCGACCUGCAGACCUUCCGCAACGAAGUGUGGAAGCACUCCGGGGAGUUCGAGAACACCAAGGGUCUGGGCGAGACCUUCCUUACCAGCUGCGACAUCGACAAGGAGCCCAUCAAGGCCGAGCUGCAGGACAUCCGCGAUCGCUGGGAGCGCCUCAACAACGACCUCAUUGCCCGUGCGCACGAGAUUGAGAACUGCUCGCGUCGCCUGGGCGACUUCAAUGAUGAGCUGCGCAAUCUGGAUCAUUCGCUGGGCCGCUGCGAGGAUCGCCUCGCCGCCCACGAUGCUUUGGGUGGAGCUGCCAAGGAUCCCAAACUGCUGGAGCGCGUCAAGGCCAUACGCGAGGAGUUGACAAACCUGAGCAAGCCCCUGCAGUCGCUCAAGGCUCUGGCCAAGGACAUAAGCGCCGAGGCCAGAGCUGCCGGCGGCGAUGCCGAUCAUCUGACCAACGAAGUGGACGGUCUGGCCGAUCGCCUGUCCGAGCUACAGGGACGCCUGGAUGAUCGCUGCGGCGAACUGCAGUCGGCUGCCACAGCCGUGUCCCAGUUCAAUGAGCAAAUGAAGAGCCUGGGCAUCGAUCUGAAUGACCUGGAGACGGAGAUCGAGAAGCUGUCGCCGCCCGCACGCGAAAUCAAGAUCGUGCAGCAGCAGCUGGACGAUGUUGGCAAGAUCCAGAACAGGCUGGACCGCCUGGUGGGUCGCCUCGAAGAUGCUGAGCGUGCCGCUGAUGUUCUGGUGGACGCUGGCUUUGCCGCAGACACCACUCAAACGCGCGAGCAAAUCUCCACGCUGCGCAAGACUCUGGGUCGCUUGGACAACCGAGUGAGAGAUCACGAGGAAAACCUGCAGGCCACGCUUAAGGCCCUGCGCGAGUUCUACGACAACCAGUCGCAGACCCUCGACGACAUCCAGGACGUGAGCGAGGAGUUCAAACGCAUGAAGCCCGUGGGCUCCGAACUGGACCAGAUACGUCGCCAGCAGGAGGACUUCCGCCAGUUCAGGGAGCGAAAGGUGGAGCCGCUGGCCAUCAAUGUCGACAAGGUCAAUGUGGCCGGACGGGAUCUGGUGCGGUCUGCCGGCACCGGGGUCUCGACCAGCACGAUCGAGAAGGAUCUGGAGAAGUUGAACGACCGCUGGAAUGACCUGAAGGAGCGCAUGAACGAGCGCGAUCGUCGGUUGGACGUGGCCCUGCUCCAAUCGGGCAAGUUCCAGGAGGCCCUCGCCGGCCUCUCCAAGUGGCUGAGCGACACCGAGGAGAUGGUAGCCAACCAGAAGCCGCCCAGCUCCGACUACAAGGUGGUCAAGGCCCAGCUGCAGGAGCAAAAGUUCCUGAAGAAGAUGCUCCUCGAUCGCCAGAAUUCCAUGGGCUCUCUGGCCAAUCUCGGCCAGGAAGUGGCCAAUCACUGCGAGCCCUCCGAACGGGCCUCCAUUGAAAAGCAGCUGAACGAUCUGAUGAAGCGCUUCGAUGCCCUCACCGACGGAGCCGAGCAGCGCGAACAGGACCUGGAGGAAGCCAUGGAGGUGGCCAAGAGAUUCCACGACAAGAUCAGUCCCCUCGAAGUGUGGCUGGACGGCACAGAGCGCGCCGUCAAGUCGAUGGAAUUGAUACCCACCGACGAGGAGAAGAUCCAGCAGAGGAUUCGCGAGCACGACCGUCUCCACGACGAGAUUCUCGGCAAGAAGCCCGAUUUCACCGACCUGGCCGAUGUGGCCGCCCAGCUGAUGCAUCUCGUUAGCGACGAGGAGGCCGUCAAUCUGGGCGAGAAGGUGCGAGGCGUGACCGAGCGAUAUACCGGUCUGGUCGACGCUAGCGAUAACAUCGGCGCCCUGCUCGCCGAGUCCCGACAGGGACUGCGUCACCUGGUCCUCAGCUACCAGGAUCUUGUAGCCUGGAUGGAGAGCAUGGAGAACGAGCUGAAGCGCUUCAAGUCCGUGCCCGUGUACGCCGAGAAGCUGCUGGAGCAGAUGGACCAUCUGCUGGAGCUUAACGAGAACAUUGCCGGUCACGCCUCGAAUGUGGAGGCCACCGUGGAAACCGGCGCCGAGCUGAUGAAGCACAUAUCCAACGACGAGGCCAUCCAGCUGAAGGAUAAGCUCGACUCGCUGCAGCGCCGCUACGGCGAUCUGACCAAUCGCGGUGGGGAUCUGCUGAAGAGCGCCCAGAAUGCCCUGCCGCUGGUCCAGCAGUUCCACGAGGCACACACCCGUCUGGUGGAGUGGAUGCAGACGGCCGAGACGGCGCUGGCUCCUAGCGAGCCCCGUCAGGCGGACGUCCUGCGACUGGAGGGUGAACUGGCCGAUAUGCGCCCCAUUCUGGACACCAUCAACCAGGUGGGUCCGCAGCUGGGACAACUGUCCCCCGGCGAGGGGGCAGCGACCAUCGAGAGUAUUGUGACGCGCGACAACCGUCGCUUCGACUCCAUCGUGGAGCAGAUCCAGCGCAAGGCCGAGCGGCUGCAUUUGAGCAACCAACGGGCCAAGGAGGUGACCGGCGACAUCGACGAGUUGCUCGAGUGGUUCCGCGAGAUGGACACCACACUGCGCGAGGCCGACCAUCCGGCCAUGGAGCCAAAGCUGGUGCGUGCCCAGCUGCAAGAGCAUCGCUCGAUCAACGACGACAUAUCCAGUCAGAAGGGACGCGUGCGAGACGUGACCGCUGCCUCCAAGAAGGUGCUGCGAGAGUCGCCGCAGAGCGAGAACACGGCCACGCUGCGCGAGAAGCUAGAUGAUCUCAAGGAGAUCGUCGACACAGUGGCCCAGCUGUGCAGCGAGCGUCUGGGCAUCCUGGAGCAAGCCCUGCCCCUUUCGGAGCACUUUGCCGACUCGCAUCAAGGUCUGACGACCUGGCUGGAUGACAUGGAGCAGCAGAUCUCACGCCUGAGCAUGCCCGCUCUGCGUCCCGACCAGAUCACCUUGCAGCAGGACAAGAACGAGCGUCUGCUGCAGUCCAUUGCGGAGCACAAGCCACUCCUGGACAAGCUGAACAAGACGGGCGAGGCACUGGGCGCCCUGGUUGCCGACGAGGACGGCUCGAAGAUCAACGAGAUCCUCGACACGGACAACGCGCGCUAUGCUGCCCUCCGUCUGGAGCUCCGCGAGCGCCAGCAGGCGCUGGAGAGUGCUCUGCAGGAGUCCAGUCAGUUCUCGGACAAGCUGGAGGGAAUGCUGCGUGCCCUGGCCAAUACAGUGGAUCAGGUGAACCAGCUGGAUCCCCUCUCGGCUCUGCCCCAGAAGAUACGCGAGCAGAUCGAGGACAACGACGCCCUUAUGGAUGACCUGGACAAGAGGCAGGAUGCAUUCAGCGCUGUGCAGCGGGCGGCCAACGAUGUCAUUGCCAAAGCGGGCAACAAGGCCGAUCCGGCUGUGCGCGACAUCAAGGCGAAGCUGGAGAAGCUCAACAACCUGUGGAACGAUGUGCAGAAGGCCACGAAGAAGCGCGGCAGCUCGCUGGAUGAUAUCCUGAGCGUGGCCGAGCCCUUCUGGAAGCAGCUCAACAGCGUGAUGAAGACCCUCAAGGAUCUGGAAGAGACGCUCUCCUGCCAGGAGCCGCCGGCAGCCCAGCCACAGGACAUCAAGAAGCAGCAGGUGGCCCUGCAGGAGAUCCGCCAUGAGAUUGACCAGACCAAGCCCGAGGUCGAGCAGGUGCGCCGUCACGGUAGCAACCUGAUGAACAUGUGCGGCGAGCCCGACAAGCCCGAGGUGAAGAAGCACAUCGAGGACCUGGACAAUGCCUGGGACAACAUCACGGCUCUGUACGCAAAGCGCGAGGAGAACCUCAUCGAUGCCAUGGAGAAGGCCAUGGAGUUCCACGAGACGCUCCAGAACCUGCUCAAGUUCCUCACCAAGGCCGAGGACAAGUUUGGCCAUCUGGGACCCGUGGGCUCCGACAUUGAUGCCGUCAAGCGCCAGAUUGAACAACUCAAGUCGUUCAAGGAUGAAGUCGAUCCGCAUAUGGUUGAAGUAGAAGCAUUAAACAGAGGUCUAGAAAGACAAGCUGUAGAACUGACGGAACGCACUUCACCCGAGCAAGCGGCAUCUAUUCGGGAGCCCCUGUCGGUGGUCAAUCGUCGCUGGGAGUCUCUGCUGCGCGGCAUGGUCGACAGACAGAAGCAACUGGAGCACGCCCUCCUCCACUUGGGUCAAUUCCAGCACGCUCUCAACGAGCUGCUGGUCUGGAUCGACAGGACAGACGGCACUUUGGAUCAGUUGAAGCCGAUACCCGGGGACCCACAACUGCUCGAGGUUGAGUUGGCCAAGCUGAAGGUGCUGGCCAACGAUAUACAGGCGCACCAGAACUCAGUGGAUACGCUGAACGAUGCUGGCCGGCAGCUCAUCGAGACGGAGAAGGGUUCCGUCGAGGCGUCGACUACACAGGAGAAGCUGCGCAAGCUGAACAACGAAUGGAAGCAGCUCCUGCAGAAGGCCAGCGACCGCCAGCAUGAGCUGGAGGAGGCCCUGCGAGAGGCGCACGGCUACAUAUCCGAGGUCCAGGACAUCCUGGGAUGGCUGGGCGAUGUGGAUGCCGUGAUUGGAGCCAGCAAGCCUGUGGGCGGCCUCCCAGAGACGGCCACAGAGCAACUGGAGCGCUUCAUGGAGGUGUACAACGAGCUGGAUGAAAACAGGCCCAAGGUGGAGACGAUCCAGGCCCAGGGCCAGGAGUACAUCAAGCGCCAGAACCAGAUGAAGGUCUCCUCCAGCAAUCUGCAGCACACGCUGCGCACGCUGAAGCAGCGCUGGGAUGCCGUCGUCUCGAGGGCAUCCGACAAGAAGAUCAAGCUGGAGAUUGCCCUCAAGGAAGCCACAGAGUUCCACGAUACCCUGCAGGCGUUCGUUGAGUGGCUGACCCAAGCCGAAAAGCAGCUAUCGAAUGCCGAUGCCGUCUCGCGCGUUCUGGAGACCAUCCAGGCUCAGAUGGAGGAGCACAAGGUGUUGCAGAAGGACGUGAGCACACACCGCGAGGCCAUGCUGCUGCUGGACAAGAAGGGCACACAUCUCAAGUACUUCAGCCAAAAGCAGGACGUGAUCCUUAUCAAGAAUCUGCUUGUUUCCGUGCAGCAUCGCUGGGAGCGCGUUGUCAGCAAGGCAGCGGAGCGCACCAGGGCUCUGGAUCAUGGCUACAAGGAGGCACGUGAGUUCAACGAUGCCUGGAGUGGCAUGAUGCAGUAUCUGCAGGAGACCGAGCAGGUCCUAGACCAGAUCAUCGAGGAGGCUACUGCCUCGAAGGAGCCGCAAAAGAUCAAGAAGUACAUCGCUAAGCUGAAGGAGACCCAUCGCCAGCUGGCUGCCAAGCAGACGGUCUACGACGGCACCAUGCGCACUGGCAAGAACCUCAUGGAGCGGGCGCCCAAGGGCGACCGCCCUGUGCUGGACAAGAUGCUGCUUGAGCUCAAGGAGCAGUGGACCCGUGUCUGGUCCAAGAGCAUCGAACGCCAGCGCAAGUUGGAGGAGGCCCUCCUGCUAUCGGGCCAGUUCAGUGAUGCUUUGGGCGAACUCUUCGAGUGGCUGAAGAAGGCCAAGAGUCGCCUGAAUGAGAACGGACCCGUCCACGGCGACCUAGAGACGGUCCAAGGACUGUGCGAGCACCAUAAGCACAUCGAGCAGGAUCUGCAGAAGCGGGCCGCUCAGAUGCAGGGCGUGCUAAAGACCGGACGCGAUCUGGAGCGAUCGGGAAACAAUCCCGAGGUGGGACGCCAGCUGGAUGAGCUGCAGUCCAUUUGGGAGGAGGUCAAGAGUGCUGUCGGCAAACGCGGCGAGCGUCUCGAGGUGGCCCUGGUCGAUGCUGAGAAGCUGAAUGCCCGUGUCCAGGCUCUGUUCGACUGGCUGGAUCACGCCGAGCACAAGCUGCGCUACGCCAAGAAUGCCCCAGACGAUGAGAAGGUGUCGCGCGAGAUGAUGGACAUUCACAUCGAGUUCAUGAAGGAUCUGCGCGUGCGCGAAAGCGAGAAGACAGAGACGUUCGAGUAUGCCGAGGACAUCAUUGGCAAGGCCUAUCCGGACGCCAUUCCCAUCAUCAAGAACUGGCUGUCGAUCAUUCAGCAGCGCUGGGAGGAGGUCCGCCAAUGGGCCAUCAACCGUGAGUCGAAGCUGGGCCUGCACCUGCAGUCGCUCAAGGAUCUGGACGACAACAUUGAGGAGCUGCUGGCAUGGCUAACCGGACUCGAGGGUACUCUGUUGAACCUGAAGCACGAACAGCUGCCGGACGAAAUUCCGCCGGUGGAGAAGCUUAUCGAGGACCAUAAGGAGUUCAUGGAGAACACGGCCCGCCGCCAGACCGAGGUGGACCGCGCCUGCAAGCCGCGCCAGCUGCCACCCGGUGCUCGGAAGCCAUCCCGCAGCGGCAAGACGCCAGUACGUGGCUCCAGUCACGAUCUGCGUGAACAGUCGCCCGAUGGCAUGAGGCGUCAAAGCUUCAAGGGCUCUCGCGACCAGGGACUCAACGCCCGCAAGGGAAGUCGUGUCACGCCCACACGUGACACGCCCGACAGAGAUCGUCUGCCGCACUACGGCCCCAGAUUCUCGCCAAGCUCCACUGGACCCGAACUUGAAUUCCGUUCGCCACGCGCCAAGCUUCUGUGGACCAAGUGGCGCGAUGUCUGGAUGCUCUCAUGGGAGCGCCAGCGUCUGCUCAACGAUCAUCUCCUGUAUCUGAAGGACGUGGAGCGUGCCCGCAACUUUAGCUGGGACGAUUGGCGCAAGCGCUUCCUCAAGUACAUGAAUCACAAGAAGUCACGCUUGACGGAUCUGUUCCGGAAAAUGGACAAGGACAACAAUGGCAUGAUACCACGCGAUGUCUUCAUCGACGGAAUACUCAACACGAAAUUCGACACAUCUGGCUUGGAAAUGAAGGCCGUGGCCGAUCUUUUCGAUCGCAAUGGCGAGGGCCUUAUUGACUGGCAGGAGUUCAUUGCCGCCCUGAGGCCCGACUGGCAAGAGCGCAAGCCAGCCAACGACUCGGACAAGAUACACGAUGAAGUAAAGCGUCUGGUCAUGCUCUGCACGUGCCGACAGAAGUUCCGUGUGUUCCAAGUGGGCGAGGGAAAGUACAGAUUUGGAGAUUCGCAGAAACUGCGCCUGGUUCGCAUCCUGCGCAGCACUGUUAUGGUGCGCGUGGGCGGCGGCUGGGUGGCCCUUGAUGAAUUCCUGCAGAAGAACGAUCCUUGUCGCGCCAAGGGACGCACUAACAUUGAGCUACGCGAACAAUUCAUAUUGGCCGAUGGCGUCUCGCAGAGCAUGGCCGCAUUCACGCCCAGACGUUCCACGCCCAAUGCAGCCGCCACUGCCACCUCCUCACCCCAUGCCCACAAUGGCGGUAGCUCCAACUUGCCGCCAUAUAUGAGUGGACAGGGUCCCAUCAUCAAGGUCCGCGAGCGAUCGGUUCGCUCGAUUCCCAUGUCGCGGCCAUCGCGCUCGUCACUUUCGGCCAGCACUCCCGACUCUCUGAGCGACAACGAGGGCAGCCACGGCGGACCCUCGGGCCGGUACACGCCACGCAAGGUCACCUACACGAGCACACGCACAGGCCUCACGCCAGGAGGCUCUCGUGCCGGCUCCAAGCCCAAUUCACGCCCGCUCAGCAGACAAGGUUCGAAGCCACCGUCGCGACAUGGCUCCACGCUGUCGCUGGAUAGCACGGACGAUCACACGCCGUCACGCAUUCCGCAACGGAAACCGUCAACAGCAAGCACCGCAAGCGGCACUACGCCACGCCCAGCGCGACUCUCAGUGACCACCACCACGCCAGGCAGUCGCCUGAACGGCUCUAGCACCAUCACCCGCAAAACCGCCUCCGGCUCGGCCAGUCCAGCACCCACAAGCCGCCCAUCACGGAUACCGAUUAAGAUACCCUCAUUCGAUUCCAAGUCAACAUCGCCCACCAACUCGACUACGAAUACGAAUCCAACCAGCUUGGGGCGGAACAUCAGCGGAAGCACGACCCCGUCGGGUAUGCAGACUCCGCGCAAGAGUUCGGCGGAGCCGACAUUCAGCUCGACCAUGCAUCGCACAGCGCGCGGUACCACACCGACGGAGAAGCGCGAACCGUUUCGGCUAUAGAAUGGAGAAAUGAGAAAAUAUAAGGACGAAGAAUGCCAAUAUUUAAACCAUACACACCACAAACAAACUUAUGUACUAACUACGCACUGAUGUUAUAAACUAAACCCCCAAUAAACUCCCCAAUAAUCGUGAGAGAGACUACAUUAGCAAUGAAUGUAGCAGGAACACACACAGCACAGAGUUCUGUUGAGACUAACUUUAAAGUGCCCCAAAGGAGUGGAUGAGCGAGACAAUUUAUAGACGUUUAUGCCACUCACGAAUAUAGUAUAUAUUUUGUAAAAGACACAUACAUAUGUAGAUGAGAUGAGCGCAGACAUAUAGCUAGCACACAAAGUUGAUCAGAGAAGCAACCUACUUACGAGUACUACUAAUAAUAAUAAUACACUACCAUUUGCUACUACUAAUUUGUAAUGUCCUUUGCCCCCAUUCACUAGUUAUACAUGUUUCUAAAAUUAUAAUUUGUAUAUACUUAUAAACGAAACGAUGAUAAAACAAGCGUAAAUUAAUGAAAAAUACACUCCAAGUGCUCCAAGGCAAGUAAAAGUAUACAAAAACACAAGAAUAAAAAAAAAAAACAAAAAAGAUAUCGAAAAAUAUUUAGAAAAAAAAAAUUAAAAACAUU